AUGCCCAGAUCAUUCUUGGUAAAGAGAAACCGAUCAAUUUUGAGGGUGAAAGGAUGGGGGCACCUUUUGGAUGCAGAGAGAGGUGAUUUGUAUAUCCCAGGUAAGAUGAUUUUUUUUAGAACUGUUAAAGUAGCGGCAGAUACGAUACCAGAGGGUCCGUUUCCCUGUCGCUCUUGCAGGAAGACCUUCCCUCUACAGCGCAUGCUGACACGUCACCUCAAGUGUCACAGUGUACAGAAGAGGCACAGGUGUCCGUGCUGCGGGAAAGGGUUUAACGACACGUUCGACCUGAAGCGACACAUGAGGACGCACACAGGGAUCCGCCCCUACAAGUGCCCGGCCUGUGACAAGUCCUUCACGCAGCGAUGCUCCCUGGAGUCCCAUUUGCGCAAGAUUCAUGGGGUGCUGCAGAGUUACGCCUACCGCCAGCGACGCUCUAAGAUUUACGUAUGCGAGGAAUGCGGUUUUACUUCCUCUAGUGUGGACAACUACACCCUGCAUGUGCUGGAACAGCACCCCAGCAGCCCUGUGCUAGCCAAGCACCUGAGGAAACGGGGGGCUGGACCACUGCAGGGGGAUAUAGGUUCUGUUCUGCGUCCUACACCAUGGUACCUCUGA